CUGAUCAGUAUUACUUUUUUCAUUUUUCACACUUUUUGAGUGCGUGAGUUUCAUCAAGUUGAAAAUGGCAUGCUGUCCACGUAAGCUAUGACACGAGAGGCAGGGGAAGGGGGAACUUCAGCCCUCUCCGAUCGGAACUCACACGGAACUGCCGCAGGAUGCCGUGAAACUACGUGUCUCCGUCCAAAGCGCCCUGAAUCGUGUAAACGCCGAAUAAAGACUACCCAUGAAUUCCUUUCGAUCUCAUUUGCAAUUCUGAACUACCAUAUGCGCUCGAAAGUGAAGCCUGGUUGUUCCUCCCUUCCUCAUUCAGAAUUCAGGAGACAUCCCCAACUUUCUACGGAGUUAUCUUGUUGCAGGGAUGAAGAUUCUGGUGGCUGUCAAGAGAGUCGUGGAUUAUGCAGUUAAGAUCAGAGUCAAACCAGACAAGACGGGGGUGGACACCAACGUGAAAAUGUCAAUGAACCCUUUCUGCGAGAUUGCUCUCGAGGAAGCUCUCCGCAUCAAGGAGUCGGGCAACGCCUCCGAGGUGGUGGUCGUGAGCAUGGGGGACAAGCAGUGCGUGGAGACCUUGAGGACUGGACUGGCCAUGGGCGCGGACCGAGGAAUUUACGUCUCCGUCGAACAACAGCCCCUGUAUCCGCUAUCGGUGUCGAAGCUUCUCAAGGCGAUCGUUGCCAUCGAGAACCCGGGGCUUCUUCUCCUCGGCAAACAGGCAAUUGAUGAUGAUUGCAAUCAGACAGGACAAAUGGUAGCUGGACUACUGGGUUGGCCACAAGGAACCUUUGCAUCCAAGGUUGCGUUGGAUAAACAAAAGAGAACUGCAAUUGUGGAAAGGGAAGUUGAUGGUGGUCUUGAAACACUAUGUUUGGAUCUUCCAGCAGUGAUCACUUCAGAUUUGCGACUGAAUCAGCCGAGGUAUGCAACACUUCCUAACAUAAUGAAAGCAAAAUCCAAGGUGAUAAAAACAUUCAAACCAUCAGAGCUGAACGUGGAAAUCAAAUCUGAUUUGGAGCCUGUCCAAGUUACUGAACCUCCAAAAAGGAAAGCUGGUGUCCUGGUAUCCUCUGUGGAUGAGCUUAUAGACAAACUGGAAAAUGAAGCUCAUGUCUUGUAACCUGAGUUGACCUGGAAAAUGAAGCUCAUGUCUUGUAACCUGAGUUGACCUUUCUCUUCCUUUCCUUUUCUCCUUUUUAUUUGGGUGGGGGGAGGGAGCUAUUAAAUAGAACUUCUCUUACGGUGCUUGCUUGUUCAAAAUAAUCAAAUCAGCUAGUAAAAAUGGAGGUGUGGAUUUAAAGCAGCA